AUAAAUGGGACAGUGAGAGUGGGAGUGGGAGUGGGAGUGGGAAUGGGAUUGUAUUUAUACAUGUUUGGAGUAGCAGUCUACAAAAGCGGAUACUGAUAAAGAUGGUAGAACCCCAUCAAUCUCAAUCAUAAGAGACUAGAGAGAGAGAGAGAGAGAAGAGAGAGAGAGGAAUAGUAGUGUAUGGCAAUACAAAUGGAGAAUGGCGGAGGAGUUGUGUGAGCUUUUUUGUUUCCGCCACCUGCUGUAAUCCAUUUGCGUGAACCAUUCAGCACUGAAAAGCUGUUCGAUUUGUGGGUGUGUCAGGUAGAGAAUUGAGGGAAGGAGGGUGGUGGUGGAAGUGCAAUUUGAGGAGGUGGAGAUGGGCGGAGGAGGUGGCGGCGCGUCGUGGAAGUUGAAGAAAGCCGCCAGGAAAAUAUUUGUGCAGACAUGUGGCUCCUUCUGCCAGAGACACCAAGCCCAUGUUCUUGACAACUCCACCGUGGGGGCUUGUGAUUCACCCAAUUAUUCUUCACCGCUGGAAAAUCAGACGAGGAACAUUUCUUGCAAGAAGAUCUCAUCAGAAGCUGAGAAGCAGGGGAAUUCAUCUAACAGCCCUUCUUCUAAUAAGAACUUGUGCGCAAUCUGUCUGGAUCCUUUAAAUUACAGCUCAGGUAGCAGCCCGGGCCAGGCAAUAUUCACGGCUCAGUGUGCCCAUGCCUUCCAUUUCGCUUGCAUUUCUUCCAAUGUCCGCCAUGGUAGUGUUACUUGCCCAAUUUGCCGUGCUCAUUGGACCCAGCUACCUCGCAACCUGAACUUGCAGUGUUCCCUCCGUGCCAAUAAGACAGACCCCAUUCUACAGAUCCUUGAUGACUCCAUUGCUAAUUCUCGGGUUCACAGACGCUCCUUUCUGCGCUCGGCUCGAUAUGAUGAUGAUGAUCCCAUUGAACCUGACCACACCAGAAAUGAACCCCGUCUGCAUCUCUCCCUGUUGACUGUGCCUCUGGCUCAUGCUAGCUUUAAUUUGUGCCGGCAUCAAGCGUCUGCAUCUGGUUCAUGCCACCAUUGUGGAACUUCAUCCCAUCACUCAUCUGUCUCGUCCUCGAUGGCAGGAUCGCCACUUGCACAACAUUUUCCCUCGACUGGAGAAACUCCAUUUCUGGCCUCUCCAAACAACAAUGCUUAUCUUCGUGUGCAAUUAGCUCGCCAGCCUGCAACCGACUUGGUCUUAGUUGCAAGCCCUAAUGGGCCGCACUUGAGGCUUAUGAAGCAGGCUAUGGCAUUGGUGGUUUUCUCACUGCGACCUGUGGAUAGAUUAGCAAUUGUUACCUACUCUUCUGCAGCAGCACGUGUCUUUCCACUCAGGCGCAUGACUUCGUAUGGGAAGAGAACUGCUUUGCAAGUCAUUGAUCGCCUAUUCUAUAUGGGGCAUGCAGAUCAAAUGGAAGGGCUAAAGAAAGGAGUGAAGAUACUCCAAGAUCGUGUCCACAAGAAUCCUGAGUCUUGUAUUUUGCACCUGACAGACAGUCCGGCAAGAUCCUACCAUCAGUUUGACAUGGAAGUUCCAGUUACAAUCCAUCGGUUCCAUGUAGGGUUCGGGUUUGGCACUGCAAAUGGGUUCGUCAUGCAUGAAUUCGAGGAGUUCCUGGCAAGAACAUUAGGUGGGGCAAUCAGAGAUGUCCAACUGAGGAUCGAAGAAGGCACUAGGAUUGUUAGGAUAGGAGAACUCAGAGGAGGCGAGGAGAGGAAUAUACCGGUGUAUCUGGGUGAUUGUGGACCUGUAUGCGUUGAGUACAGCUACAUUGAUGGUGGAGAUGGUGAAUGUAUCAGAACAGGUGAAAUUGUUGUGGGGAUGGAGGAUAAAGGAGAUAGAAGUGAGAAUGUAGAUGGUGUCCCCAUAGGUGGAAGGAUGAGCAGUGCUGAAAGCUGGGAUUACCAUGAUCCUUUCAUGGCUAGAAGAUGGGCCAAACAUUUGCAUGGCUAUAGGCUAUAAUAUAGAUUGUUCUGUCAUAUAUUCCUUGUAAUUCUAUACACAGCAAGUCACUGAUUUAAUUUAUCGGUUAGGAUUGCAUUAGUUCAUGUCUUCAUGAAAGUUUAUUUAAUGCAGCACAGCAAUGUCAAAUAGUAAGGGGAA